AUGUACGAUAGCAGAGAUACCAAGAGAUACCUCUACACCACUCUCUUGGCGUGAGUUUUUUCUUGCAAAAAUUUUUUUUGAAAUUAGCCACGUAUGAUUUUGGGCCGAAUGGGUUCAGAUGAAAAAUUGAAUUUCCCAAAAAUUUGAGCAGAUUCAUAACAUUAUUAAACGUGAUGAACUAUACAAGCUCAUCAAGUUUUUCAGGUUUUUUGUGAUGGAUCUAGCGCCUGAACUUUUUACAACUACGAUUUUUUACCACGAAGCUUCGAAAGGCUUUUCGAUUGGGAAUCUGGGUAUUUUUGAGUAUCUCGGAUGGUGUGCAGGUGCUAUUAUCGGUCCAGGUUCCUUUAUUUUGUUCAUUCUUGUGUUUUUUUAAAAUUAUAACUAUGUCUUGUUCUUGAAAAACAUACGUUAAAGUUAAUUCGACAAAAACAACUAUCCACAGAAACGAGACUGUUUCUGGCGAGAGAACAUUUUUCCACACGUAGCCUAGGAACUAGGAACACGAAAUCAAGAAUUUCAUCCGACUCAUCCCCAAGACAACUAUUUACAGGAGCUGCCGUGGGAUUUACCUGGUUGUAUUGGUCUUUAUUCAAGUCGAUGUGCGAACAAAAUGUGAGAGUGUGCUUGAACAGGAAAAACCACAUGUUUUUGGUGGUCGGCUAUGAGAUUAUCUUCAUGGUCAUUUUCGGGCUUUCUGCACUUUUCAGAAACUCCGUGGUUUUUGGCGAAGUAGAAGUAAGUUCAAUCAGCUUUAUCAAUUCUAAACUUUUUUGAAUGAAUCAUUUCCAGGAAAACACAGUUAUACUAAUUGAUGGUGAAGUGGAGAAAUUUCAUCCGUCUUUCUAUCACCAAGUGUUCUUCGCUGUCUGCUUCUUUGGAAUCGCCCUCGUUUCAAUACAAUUUGCACUGUUUUUGGUGUUGAACUACCACGAAUUAUUGUCAAGUGGAGCAAUUGGAGAACACGAAAACCAGAUUUCUGAAUCGGACUUUAUUCGUUUGACCACAGUGCAGGUAAAGAUUGAACGUUGUUAAAAAGCUAUCGAUUUGUUAGUCGGAAUAGUUUUUAGAGUUCUUAACAAUCUGAAAAUGGCAUUUCAACAAAAAAUAUCUUCUUCUCCUCAAUAACACUUUCUAAUCCUGAAAAUUUUUUUAAGGUAUUCCAAACAGCCUCUUUUUACUUUCUACCGAUUUCCCUGUUCAACCUAUCUCUACGCGAAGCUCACACAUUUAGUUCGGCAUUUUUUUAAUUUUUUUUAAUCUUAUUGUUUCAGAUUGGAGUGUUAUCGCUAAAAGCAUACUGUUAGUCCAAGCUGUCGUCGCCCCUCUGGUCUUUCUAUCACAUCAACUCUACCAGCGAAAACUCAACUCACGUACGUUUUUCAUUCAAAAAACAUGUUGGACUUGGGCGAGAAUUAUUACUUUGCUAAAGAUCUGGACUUUUUUUUAGAUUUUUAUUGUUUUGUAUUAUAUUGUUUAAUAAUAAAAUAUACUUGAUUUUCGGUAGAGAAAAAAAGCAGUUUGAAAAAAAUUAAUAUUUUCCGCCUUUCCAUAUUUUUGGAGGUUGUAAUAAAACUUCCCUUGAUUAUUCCGUUUAAUUUUCCGACGAUGUAAAUAAAAAGGCACAUCAAUCUGAGUUUCCUGAUCAAAGCUCUUAGUUGUAGAAAAGAUUCAAAACCAAAUAUUAUCACAUUUUCAGUGUUUCUCGAACCUUUUCGAGCGCUUUACAUAAGUCUCUCCCACCGGCUCCAAGCGUGUUUCAAGAGACUGCUCACUAAAUUCCGAUCCAACCGGGUUCGAGACGUAACAACCUUUUUAAAAAAUUUAUUUCCUUUUUCUCAUGACUGCUUUUUUUACGAAAGUCGGUUUUUCAUUUUGUUAUUUUUGAAUCAAUUUUGUUCCCUUAUUUUGUUAUUAUAUUUGUAUAUGUUGCGUACUGUGUUUGGAUAAACGUUUUUUUACGGAACUUUGCGAAAUUCAAGAGGAAUUUUUAAAAGGCAAGAUUUCAGAAAUUAUAUUGUUUUUUUACCAAAAUUUUUGCCUUAUAAUUAUUAUGGAGGGUCAAAAAUUGGAGUGUUUUUAAUUUAUCAUUCAAUUUCUCUCGCCGCAUCUAAAAAAAUCUCCGCUGAACAAAUAAUUCAUAUAAUUCAAAAAAAGUAAGAAAAUGUCUUUUUGAGUUUAAAACUAGGACUCCAAAGAAGAAAUAGAAGGACCUUCUGGCAACGGCACAGCGAAAAGUGGUGCAUUGAAUGCUCAAAUGAGUAUUGCUCGAUAGAAAAAGAAAAUUGCACCAAGUUCUAUCACAAGCUAUGAAAAAAAAAAUAGCUUUUCGCAAAGAAAAUUACUACGGAAGAAGACACUUCGGCCUAGGAAAUCGUGAAAUGGGUAAAAACGCGUGAAGUUGGACGAUUGAGACCCCGUUGGCGAGAUGAUCUACAAGCCGUUCUUGGUGAAAGAUGAGCGACAGUUGCGUGAACUGACAAAUAUCUUUUUAAAUAAUCCGUAAAUCAGCAGACACAGCAACAUUAGUUUAAAGACGGAAUAAAUGUUAAAUUUCAAAAAUCCAGAGUACUGUUUGAAAUUUCAGUCAUUUUCGCUCUUUGAGAGAAUUCAUUUCAUUUUUUUUUUUCAUUUCAAAUUUUAUUCGCCAUUCCGCAAUCUGCAUGACAAUACGAAAAAUAAAACAUCAAAACAAUCAAAUAAAGCUAACAACUGAUCUGUGAAAACGACUGGAGGAAAAGAUUGUAAAAAAAUGUUUCUUUUAUUUCAGAUCUUCGAUAUUGAGUUUUUGUUAUAUCUUGAAAAUUCACCAGUUGUGAACUUUUCUGCCAUUAUCUAUAAACCCUGCCCAAGACGAAAAUUUUAAACUUCAGGUUUAUUCACGCUUAAUGUUGAUUGUAAUAAGGUUGGUAUAUAAAUUAUAUCGCUUAUCUUUGUAACGUUAAACCUUUUAUGAGCAAGAUAACUAUUGAACAAAGAUGUUUUUCCUUUUUUUGUUAAUUGCCGUUUUCUUAGCAGACUGAGACACACGUCGAUAUCGUCGAUAUUUCCUUAUAG